AUGUGGAGGCUGAGCGUGUGGUGGCUCCUGAGCAGGGUCUGCCUCUUGCUCCUGCCCCCCUGCGCCCUCGUGCUGGCCGGGGUGCCCGGCUCCUCCUGCCACCCGCAGCCCUGCCAGAUCCUCAAGCGGAUCGGGCACACGGUCAGGAUCGGGGCGGCGCACCUGCAGCCUUGGGCUGCCACGACUUCCCGAGGGAGGUGGAGGAGCGGGAGCGGGACCGGCCUGAGGAGCAGGGCGCACUUAGACGCCGGGAACCUCGUCGGCAACGAGAGUCGGGACCGGCGGGAACUCCUGCCCUUGCUGCCCAGGGAGGCGCUCCUGGGGGCCGUGGAGAACCUCAACCGCGUCCGAGGGCUCCUGCCCUACAACCUGUCCCUGGAGGUCGUGAUGGCCAUCGAGGCCGGGCUGGGAGACCUCCCUCUCUUCCCCUUCUCUUCUCCCAGCGCCUCCUGGAGCAACGACCCGGUCUCCUUCUUGCAGAGCAUUUGCCACACCGUGGUGGUCCAAGGGGUCUCCGCCAUCCUCGCUUUCCCACAGAGCCGAAGCGAGAUGCUGGAGAUGGACUUCGUGGCCACCGCUCUGCACAUCCCCGUCGUCAGCAUCGUGCUCAACGAGUUCCCCCGAAAGAGCCAGAAUCCUCUUCACCUACAGUUGAGUUUAGAGAGCUCAUUAAGCUUUGACGCAGAUGUCACUUUCUCAAUCUUGGCCUUGAACAACUGGUAUAAUUUCAGCUUGAUGGUCUGCCAGGAAGAGUGGAACAUCACCGACUUUCUCUUCCUCACACAGCAAAGCUCCAAAUUCCAUUUGGGAUCCAUUAUAAACAUCACAGGAAACCUCACAUCAACCAGUGACCUCUUGACCUACUUGCAAGUUCAUCUGGAGAACAUUAAAGACACAACAUCAACAGUGGUCAUGUUUGGCUGUGACAUGGAAAGCACAAGACAGAUUUUUGAGACAACUACCCAGUUUGGGGUGAUGCCUCCUGAACUUCACUGGAUUCUUGGGGAUUCACAUAAUGUGGAAGAGCUGAGAACAGAAGGUUUGCCAUUGGGUCUCAUCGCUCAUGGGAAAACAUCACAGUCUUUUUUUGAAGACUAUGUACAGGAUGCAAUGGAGCUGGUAGCUAGAGCUGUUGCUUCUGCUACAAUGAUCGAACCAGAACUGGCCCUUAUUCCAAGCACCACUAAUUGCUUGAAUGUUGAAGAAAAAAAUCUCACUUCAGGACAGUAUUUAUCAAAGUUUUUAGCCAACACCACCUUUUAUGGGCUUAGUGGCCACAUUAAAGUAAAAGGCUCCUCCAUCAUCAGUUCCGAAAACAACUUCUUCAUUUGGAAUCUGCAGCAUGAUCCUGUUGGGAAUCCUAUGUGGACUCGUUUGGGGAGCUGGCAAGAAGGCAGGAUCAUCAUGGACUACGGGAUCUGGCCAGAACAGGCCCAGAGGCACAAGAGUCACAACCAACAUCCUACCAGGCUACACCUGAGAGUAGUGACCCUCAUUGAACACCCCUUUGUGUUCACAAGGAAUGUGGAUGAUGAAGGAUUAUGCCCAGCCGGGCAGCUCUGCUUGGAUCCCUUAACCAAUAAUUCAGCAGUGCUGGAUGCUCUCUUUGAAAGCCUCCAAGGAGGCAAUGGCACAGUGCCCACCGAAUUAAAAAAGUGCUGCUAUGGCUAUUGUAUAGAUCUAUUGGAAAAGUUGGCUGAAGAUAUGAACUUUGAUUUCGACCUCUACAUUGUUGGGGAUGGGAAAUACGGGGCCUGGAAAAAUGGCCAGUGGACGGGGCUUGUGGGGGACCUCUUGGCUGGGACCGCUCACAUGGCUGUGACAUCAUUCAGCAUCAACACCGCUCGUAGCCAAGUGAUUGAUUUCACCAGCCCAUUUUUUUCCACCAGCUUGGGCAUCCUGGUGAGAACCAAAGACACGGCGGCUCCUAUUGGAGCCUUUAUGUGGCCACUCCACUGGACCAUGUGGCUGGGAAUAUUUGUGGCUCUCCACAUCACCGCCAUCUUCCUCACCCUAUAUGAAUGGAAAAGCCCUUUUGGGAUGACCCCAAAGGGAAGGAACAGGAACAAAGUGUUCUCUUUCUCCUCUGCCUUGAACGUCUGUUAUGCCAUCUUGUUUGGUAGAACAGCUGCCAUCAAACCCCCCAAGUGCUGGACUGGAAGGUUCUUAAUGAACCUCUGGGCCAUAUUUUGUUUAUUUUGUCUAUCAACAUACACUGCUAAUCUGGCUGCUGUCAUGGUGGGAGAGAAAAUCUAUGAAGAGCUCUCUGGAAUACAUGACCCUAAGCUGCAUCACCCUUCACAAGGAUUUCGCUUUGGAACUGUGCGAGAAAGCAGCGCUGAAGAUUAUUUCAAGCAAAGCUUUCCAGAUAUGCAUGAGUACAUGAAGAGGUACAAUGUGCCUGCAACUCCAGAUGGAGUGGCGUACCUGAAGCACGACCCAGAGAAACUCGAUGCCUUCAUCAUGGAUAAAGCACUCCUGGAUUACGAAGUAUCAAUAGAUGCAGACUGCAAACUCUUGACUGUUGGGAAACCAUUUGCUAUUGAAGGAUACGGUAUUGGCCUUCCUCCAAACUCUCCACUCACUUCAAACAUCUCUGAAUUUAUCAGCCAGUAUAAGUCCCACGGCUUCAUGGAUGUCUUACAUGACAAGUGGUACAAGGUGGUGCCAUGUGGGAAAAGGAGCUUCGCUGUGACUGAGACCCUGCAGAUGGGAAUCAAGCACUUUUCAGGACUGUUUGUGAUGUUAUGCAUUGGGUUUGGUUUAUCGAUUCUCACUACCAUUGGGGAACACAUAGUAUACAGACUGGUGAUCCCACGAGUUAAGAAGAAAUCCAGAAUGAGAUAUUGGCUCCACACAAGUCAGAGAUUGCACCGAGCUCUGAAUAGUUCAUUCGUUGAAGACAAACACCAGCCUAAAGCAAAGCGAGUUGAAAAGAGGUCCAAUGCGGGGAACAGCCAGCAUUCGGUGUGGAACACGGCCAAUCCAGGCAACUGCCAUCGGAAGAAAUACAUCUGCAGUGAGGAGCAGCAGACUGAAGUGAUCCUAAAGCAGCAGCAGCAGCAGCCGCAGGACAUCUCCCUCCCCCCACUGAAGAGAGAGGCCCCAGCUUCCUUGACCACCAAUGGGAAAGCAGAAUCCCUUAACAUGGCAAGGACCUCAGUGAUGAAAGAACUCUCUGAGCUGGAGAAACAGAUUCAAGUGAUCAAACAGGAACUGCAGCUGGCCAUGAGCAGAAAACUGGAGCUGGAAGAGUUUCAGAGGACAAACAGGACCGCCGAGUCCUAA